CUCAUGAUUUAUAAAAAGUUGAAAAGAAAGAGGAAAAGCAAAAGCAUGAGAUUCUAGACAGAGGGUUUCAUGUUCUUGCUGAUUUUUGUGGUUGGAGAAUCGAGAAGAGAUGGAGGAGAAAGAUGUUGACUACGUUCUGGUGCCUUUGGGUUUAGGGAUUAUGAUCGCCUACCAUAUUUGGCUUGUUUACACCGUUUUCAAACACCCAAGACAAACUGUUAUUGGCCUCAAUUCAGAAACUCGACAUCAGUGGGUCUUCUCUAUGAUGGCUGAUCCGCUAAAGAAUGGCGUAUUAGCAGUGCAAACUAUUCGCAACAACAUAAUGGCAUCCACUCUUCUAGCCACAACCGCGAUCACUCUGAGUUCAAUAAUCAGCGUUUUCGUGAGCAGCGCUUCUAAUACAAACCCCGCAGCUUCACAAUUGAUGUACGGAAAUAAUACCCAACUCUUAUCGUCAGUAAAAUACUUUGCAAUCUUGCUCUGUUUUCUUGUUGCAUUUCUUUGCAAUGUGCAGUCAAUUCGUUACUAUGCUCAUGUUAGCUUCUUGGUCACGGUUCCUACAUUCAUAGACAGGAGAGAACCGAUAAACUACGUUGCUAGGAACUUGAACCGCGGAAGCCUGUUUUGGUCUAUCGGUUUGAGAGCAUUUUACUUCUCGUUUCCGCUCUUUUUGUGGAUCUUUGGACCGAUACCCAUGUUUGUGUGUUGCAUCAUCAUGUCGUUUGUGCUUUAUUUCUUGGACACGACUACUAGUUUUACUAGAAAUCUUCAUAGUUAUUCUAUGAGAGACAAGACUGAAGCAAAUGAAAACGAGGCCCUUUAAGAAAGCUAUGUCUGUUAUUUUUGCGAUAUGUUGUUAACGAUGUUCGUUGUAUUGUCAGUGUUUAUUAUGCCUAGAAGUGUUCUCGUGAUCCUAUUUUUGUUGUUCUGGUUGGAUGUUUUAGAUGUUUAUAAACGAUUGAGUUAAUAAUAAUUACGUAAA